AUGCUGCGCGUUUGGCUGUCUUCUGGGGAGCAGCUUGCGGCGGUACCGGUGGGAGAAGUGCGUGACGUGCGGGGCUUGAAACAACAUCUGCAUGGCAUUUGCGGUCUGCCCCGAUUCAGACAAAGGCUCCUUGGGGAAGGCAGGAGCUUGGAGGAUGAGUUUGAAUUGGAAUGUUCGCUUGACUUGCAGCUUGUGCUUUUGCAGUUUGAUACAUCUCCAGAUCACGCACAUCAGCUGGCCCAUCAACUCCAGCAUGCUGCAAGGCAUAAUUUUCCAUCUCAGGUUGAAGAGCUGCUUUCUCGGCCCCAAGAUCCAGAUAUCACGGGAACCAUGGGUGAGUCGGCUCUCUAUGUGGCAUCCGAAAGGGGCCACCAGGAAGUUGUCAGUUUAUUAUUGGAGGCUGGAGCCAGCAAAAACGUGAUUUGUGGCCGCUGGACGCGGUUGACGCCACUUGGCGUGGCAUCCCGUGAAGGCCAUACCGAGAUCGUGCGGUUGUUGCUGGCGGCCGGCGGAACUGCUACAGACCGCCGAGACCGUGAAGCAUCACCUCUCUAUUUGGCCUCAUUGCGUGGGCAUGUUGAGGUUGUGAGGCUUUUGCUAGAAGCUGGUGCUGACAAAGAUGAGGCCUUUGUCUUCACAUACUUUCAAUGCGAUCCUGACAAGCUCGUCUGCAGUGAGGUCACAUCCAUUCAGUCACCCUUAGGUGUGGCAUCGCGGGAAGGUCACACGGAAAUCGUGCGCCUUUUACUUGUGGCGGGUGCAGAUCGUGAACGGGGCGCGGGACGGCAUGACGAAACCCCUCUCUACUUGGCUUCAGAGCAUGGUCACGUCCAAAUCGCACGAUUGCUCAUUGUGGCCGGCGCUGCCAAAGACAGGAGCAGUGGGCCGUGGGGCAAAACCCCAAUUCGCAUUGCUUGCAGCAAAGGCCAUGUGGAGAUCGUGCGCUUGCUACUGUGGGCCGGUGUCACGUUGGAUGAUUGCUCUCAUGCAGAUGUGUCCUCCAGUGCAGGGGAGGAUGAGAUCAAGCGUUUGCUCAGUGAGGCAAAAGAGACACCUCAGGUAGAAAGACUUCACACUCAGGCGCAAAGUUCGUGA